AUGGCUUGUCUAGAAGAACGAAGACAGUUUAACGUUCGUCGUAUGAGACGUCACACUGCAAAACACUGCCAGAAUUUCAUUGGAGAAAUACCGGUGCAUCAAUACCAAGAACCUCAAAAAGCAAUCAACAGCUGUGAUUUUGAAAAGCUUAAGCCAGACUAUGCAUCAGAUGACCAGUAUGAUUUCCAGUGGUUGACGUAUGUCAUGUUUUAUUACAGGAUUGGUCAGCUGUACAUGAUCAGCAAGCACAGCCAUGAGCAGAGCGAGAGAGGAGAGGGUGUGGAGGUGGUGCAGAACGAACCCUAUGAGGACCCCAACUACGGCCCGGGACAGUUCACUGAGAAACGCAUUUAUCUCAACAACAAGCUGCCCAGCUGGGCCAAAGCUGUGGUGCCCAGAAUCUUCUAUGUGACGGAGAAAGCGUGGAAUUAUUAUCCCUACACCAUUACUGAGUAUACAUGCUCUUUCCUGCCAAAGUUCUCCAUCCACGUUGAGACAAAGUAUGAAGACAACAAAGGCAUCAAUGACAAUAUCUUUGAUACAGAGCUCCGAGAUGAAGAAACGGAGGUGUGCUUUAUUGACAUCGCCUACGACGAGAUCCCAGAGCGCUACUACAAGGAGUCCGAGGACCCACGAUACUUUAAAUCUGAGAAGACAGCCCGGGGUUUGCUGCAGGAGGGCUGGAGGGACACACAGGAUCCCAUCAUGUGCUCCUAUAAGCUAGUAACGGUGAAGUUCGAGGUGUGGGGACUUCAGACACGCGUGGAGCAGUUUGUGCACAAGGUGGUAAGAGAUGUGCUGUUGCUGGGUCAUAGACAGGCUUUCGCUUGGGUUGAUGAGUGGAUUGACAUGACAAUGGAGGAAGUGAGAGAAUAUGAACGAGCCACUCAGGAAGCCACCAAUAAGAAGCUGGGAACCUUUCCGCCUGCUAUUUCCAUCAGCGAGACGCCCCUGCCAGCCUGUGCUCGUAGCGGCCCAUCCAGUGCUCCCUCUACACCCCUUUCCACUGAAGCUCCAGACUUCCUUUCUGUGCCCAAGGACAGACCACGGAAGAAGUCAGCUCCGGAGACCCUGACUCUUCCCGACCCAGCACGGAGAGACUCUGUCUUCCGCCUUCCCAGUCUCUUUUCCUGGGGUCCCAGCACCCCGCAACCUGAGUAAACCACAGUUCUGGCCUUAGUUUAUGAAAACAUACCCCAGUAAAGUGUCUGUUUGACACAAUCAAAUCAGUCUCUCUUUAAGUACUGAGAGAUACUUACAGUUUCCCAAACCCACACACAUAGAGUGGCUUUUCAACCUGUCCAACCUCAUGUUUUACACUGGGAGUUAAUUUACAGUAGGCCAAAAAGUGCAUUCGGACUUACAAAAGCAUUACAGAUCACUGUUAAAAAUAUCUCAGGAGUUGUCCCAUUGAUAGACAGAGCUGAAUCUUUUUUUUUUUUUUUUCCCUUCUUGCUGAGCCAUUUUUCCUACAUAUGUUGAAUAUGGAUAGGAUUUGUAGCCACUGUUGUUUUGCUGUAGUGGUGUAUUUAAUAGUAUAUUCUGCUCAGUUAAUAUUUCAGUUGUGAUAUUAUGUUAAGUGACUUUAUCCUCAGGCUUCUGAAUUUCUCACUCCAAUUAAUCAGUGUUUGACAUGUACUGUAAAUAUCUCAUUUAUAAGAAUGUAGGGUUCAAUUUUGAUAGAGGUUUCACUAUGCUCUUGUCUUUAACUUUGAUCAGUUCCAUUCCUACGGACUCAGAAAACCAAGCGAUACCAAUUUUCCUGGCCUAGCACUUUUGCGUGAUCUGUUGUUAGACAAAACGAACUGGAACUUGUCUGUACAUACUGUAGUUUAUCUUCAUAAAUAUAUUUGUUAGGUUGAGGAGCAUCUGCCAUGUAACUGAGUAUGCUGUUCUACAUUAUACGUUCUUGGUUAGGAUUAAUGUGAUGCAUUAUUAUCCAUGAAUAUGAAUUAAGUCCUCAAAGAAUGCUUGAUUAUUAGAUUGUUGUGUAAUCUCUGAGCUCUAAGGAAUGUGUGCUGCUGCUGGCCAAUGUAUACUUUGUAAAUUGAAAAGCUCUUGUACUCUUGCUGGUUCCCGCAUAUCUGUUCUUUUAAACUUAAACACUCUUUUCUAAAGGAUUCAGAAAUGCACAUGCCAAAUCUUGGGAAAUCAUGCUUUUGAUGUCAACUGCCAUUGUGAAAUUA